GCGAUAUUGCAUUAUAUCCAGGCGAACGCACGUGUAGAAGAAGAGCUACUUCUGCUCACGUUUCUACUGUAUGUGUGUGAAGUUGCUUGCUGGUUUAUGUUGAAAUAAGGUUGUCGACGGUGGAGGGUUGCCAUGGCAUCACGAUCAGGACCGCGCGCUACCGGAACAGACGGAAGUGACUUUCAGCACCGCGAGCGCGUGGCGUCACACUAUCAGAUGAGUGUGGCCCUGAAGUCUGAGAUCAAGAAGCUGAACAUCGCUCAUGCUGUGGUCUGGUUGCUUGUAGUAGCACAGGUGGUGGUCAGUCAGCUGAACUUGGUAUCCCAUAAAGUGGUGGCCUCUCCGUACCAAUGGGAAUACCUGUAUCUUCUGAGCAUCAUACCUACCGUCUUCAGUUUCAUGGCUUUGCCAAAAAACAACAUCAGUUACCUGGUCAUCUCAAUGAUCAGCGCUGGGCUUUUCUGUGUCGGUCCUAUUCUUUAUGGAGGGAUGGAGAUGUUCCCUGUGGCUCAGCAGCUUUAUCGGCACGGCAAAGCUUAUAGGUUCAUCUUUGGUUUUUCUGCUGUCUCUAUAAUGUACUUAGUUUUGAUUAUUUCACUUCAAGUGCAUGGCUGGCAGAUCUACUAUUGCAAAAAGCUGCUGGAUGCCUGGUUCACCAACACACAAGAUAAAAAGAGGAAAUAAGAAACUGCUGGAGAAUAAUAGUUUGUCAGCUGCUUAUUUGUGUCUUUAUUCUCUCUUCCUGAUGUCUCUUCAAUCACAUAAGUUUUUAUUAUUACCUGACUAAGUAUUUUGAGCCUAUGAGGAGAUCAGACUCGUUAAAGGAUGUUCAGUGUCAAUCUUCUCAUCCACUGGCUCUUGGCCCAGAUCAAGACGUCACUGAUGUCCAUUUCUGCUUAGGUUUGAACUGCUGGCUUUGUAAUCUCUUUCUGUUUCCACCACAAUUCAACAUGCUGUUUAACAAUUACCUCAAGUUGUAUUCAUUAGGGAUUCAUUGGGAUCUAGGCACAUCUAGGAAAUGUAACCUCAAUGAUGAGGAAUCAAAUGAUGUGUGAAGAACCACAGCAAAAGUCCAUUUACUAAAAUAGUGUAUGUCAGAUAUUCUGCUCUUUUCCACUAAUCGGCUUUCAAUAAAAU